AUGAACGAUACUCAAUCAUAUAUCAUUAAUGGCACAUCCAAUGAUAAAGAUAGAUAUAACGUACACAAAUGCAUGAGGAUAGCACUUGCGAAUGCGGAUCGUUGUGUUAGGAAGAGGGAGAGUAACGUGGUGUGGAGGAUGUGGAGCAUGAUGAUGCUAGGAUGUGGAAAUGGGGAAAGUGUGUUUAGGGGGGUGUGUAGGGUUGGAAGUGUUUUUGGAUUUGUGGACUGUGAAUGCGAGCUGGUGUUUAUGGGUAGGGAGGUACGGAACAGGGAGGUACGGUAUGCGCGUAUUGACGAUGUUGGGCUGUACAUGGGCGGUAUGAACGGCAUGACCGAUCACGUGAACGACCGUUUGAUCAAUCGCAUGAAUCAUACCGGCCGUACCAACCAUGUUGAUACGGUGGAGCGUAUGGCAGGUGCUGAAGAGUACGGCAGGAAGUACGCACAUGCAAACGGUGACAGGUACGAAAACAGGGAGGACUACCAGAGCAUGUACAAGCCGUACGAUCUACCGGUUCAGUACGAUGCAAAGGACCGGUACGAGCAGCAGUACUACGAUGCAAAGGGCAGUGCAGUACCGGCAGAGUAUGCGUACGACGAGUACGCCGUGCCGUACGAUACGUACAGGCAGUACGCGUACCACUCAUUCAACACGUACGCCAAUGAGAACUACCCGAACUAUGCCGAUGAGUACACGUACAAGGACGAGUGCCCCAAUACGGAGGAGUACGACAGCUACUACUACGAGAAGGGGAGUGAUCACUCGUACGAGGGUAAGCGUGAGUUUAAGAACCAGGAAUGUGCGCAUUGUGGCACAAGGGUCACAUCGCUGUGGCGUAAGUUACACGGUGACACGGUGUGCAAUGCAUGUGGGCUGUACUACAAGAUACACGGGAUUAGACGGCCUGAGACUUUGAAGGGGAACAAGGUGCGGAGAAGGAAGAGGAUACCUAAGAAGAAGGGGCAUUACGAGAGUGUUCAAUAA